UGCAAGCCAUGGCUGUAUGUUAUUGCCUAUUUUAAGAAAUCACAUGAGCGCGCAUGGAAUAUUUUUCGUAAGAACCGCAAUUUAUAGAUGUUUCAUAUUUUAAUAGUUGUUGCGAGUAUUUACAUACAUACGAGUAUAUUGACACAUAAUUCAAUUUCCGCCAAAAGCAUAAUAUUUUGUUGUCUCAAAACUCCCCAAUCGAGAGGUGCAACGAAAGCCUAACACUUACAGAUGUGAUGAAAUGCGGGCGACUAAAUUCCGACGGAGUAACGUCAACAAACGUCAAAUGGCACGAUUGGGCGCCAUGGAAACAGUACCAACGGAGUUCGGCAAUCGAUAAAAAGUAAACAAACUGGACAUUUUGUGUGGUUAAUGAAAGAGACAUACGAGAGCAGUCAGUAACAAAAGGGCAAUUCGAAAAGUCCAAAUAUAGAAGAGCACAAACAAAUCGAUAUAUAAGCCCACCUAAAGCACAAAAGCUGGACAUAGUGACCUAGUUCUUUUAGGUCAACUGAAAACGUGUAGAAAUGACAAAACCGCGGAAGUCGUAUUGAUGUGUUAAAAAUAGUUGAGAUUAUUUGUGUGACCAGAAGGAAAGUGCCAAGACGAAGAGGAGCUUAAAAAGUGUUGAUGAGUUAGUGCACAAAUCAAUGCAAGGACGUGCGGCGGAGGAACAUUGGCGGCUUCUAGCCGAGCUAGACUCUCUGGCUUUGAGUGAUAGCUGCUGUGAGAUUUGUCAUUGCGAUUGUUACAGCUCGCAUCGUAGCAGCGUAGAUUCCGACGCAGCCGUCUGUAUUGAGGCUGAUAAAAUCGAUGUCAACCUCCCACCGCUAAGAUGUGUUAAUACGCAAAAGCCCGAAACAUCAAAACGCGCUGCAGCAAAUUUAGAUGUAUUAGCGCUACAUCAGGCGUUACCGGCCAAGCCUUUGGGCGCUACUUCCAUUGGUCAUAGCAGUAGCAAGAAACGGUCUACUCGUAAAUCAAAAACUACUAGAAGAAAAAACACCCACGAAACAACUGCAUCAAAUGGUAAUUUAACGAAGCCUUCCACUACACAAGCCACAUCUACAGUAAACCUAAAAUCCAAGAGCGCCAAAAACACACCAACACAUUCCGGACGUGCAAGUCCAACAACCACCGCUGCUGGCGGUACUAAAUAUGGUAUUAAAGCGAAGCGAAACUCUUCGGUGUCUGCGAAGCGCUCCAAAAGUGUUAGCAGCUUCCGUAGCCGCAGUCCCUCGCCUUUGAUUGUACCGGCCAAACGUCCUGACGCAAAGCGCGCAACAUAUUAUACACGCGAUUGCAAACUUUUACAGGAUCUGCUAAGUGCACUAAACGACGAUGAAGAUUACAAUGCUACUGCCACAUUGCAAGUGAACGGUAAAAACGCCAUAACACAAUCGAAGGAAACAAGCUCAAAAUAUUUGUCAGUGUUUGCUGAUGAGGGCUGUGCUGCCUCCACCCAAUCCCAUACACUGCCGCGUUGCGCUACAAAGUCAAAGAGCAGCCGCGCAAUAAAUGAAGAUAAAAAGUCGUCCUUGACUUCACAGAAGCUUUGCGCCUCCAUGGCAAAUCUCUGCUUGGCGCCAACUGUACGCGCAGCCUAUCAACAAGUGCCCACCCACGACAAACGCAUACUCAACCGAAUGGCGCACAAGCGUAGCGAGCGCGCUAUUGCCAAGGAGAAUGCAUGGUUGGCGCGCAAGUACUGGGAAAAUGAGCGCUACGAACGCGAGCUCUUUAAGUGCGCACAAAUGGAGGAGUACAAGCGCGCAAUACGCGAUAAGCAAUUUCAGGAUUAUCUGCUGACAAAAGCGCGACUGAACGAGAUUGCGCAACGCGACCUGACAGAGCUGCGACGGUUGCGCGAAGCAUUGCAUCAGAAGGAUGUGAGUACAAAACGACGUCUCGACGCUCUGCGCGUUGAGCGCGGUAUUGCAGCGUGUCAACGACGCUGUGAGCAGUUACGACGCGCGGAGGCGGUGGCGGUACAGCAGGAGGAACAACAAAUUGAUGAGAAGUUGCGCAAGCAGGAGAUGUGCGGGCGUUUGAGCGAGCGCUUACAGCGCGCCGAACAGAUACGUGCGAACAUGCUGGAUAGUUAUUUGCGUCGACUGCGCUACGACAAUAACAUAGAAGAGUUGGUGCAUGAGGAGCAUUGGCGUGAAGCGCAGCAGUCCGAACGACAGCGGCUCGCUCAGUUAGAAGAGCACAUACAGCAGAAAUGUGAACAGUCGCAGCGUUUUAUCGAAGCGCGUCAGCGGCGCCAAGAGACUAUUGCCAAGACGGCGAAAAUUUCCGCCAGCCUACGUGAGUUGGUGCGCAAAUCAGUAACUCCUGAAGUUGGCGUCGCUGCGGAAGGUGGUGCUGUGGGCGAUGCUGUGAGUAUGGCAAAUACCGCAUCUUUGAGUAAAGUGCUUUUGGAUAGACCCUUAAUUAAGCUGCCACUGCAGCCGUGA